UCCGGGUCACGUGCGGCCUCGUCAACCGGUCAAACCCCGCCAUUAUCACGCAGCCACAUACGCGCCGGAGGGAAGCGAGCGAGAGAGGUGUGAAGUGUGAGGUGGUCAGGUCGUCUUCUUCCUUCGCUGCUGCUAUAAAACCUCGCGGCGGCUUGCGCGAUUACGAGGUUUUCCAUUGCUGUGUGUGAGUGAGGUGAGUGAGUGAGUGACGGAUUGUUGGGAGAGAUGGAGCUGGGGUUGAGCUUGGGGGAGGCUAUGGCGGAUGCUGGGAGGGAGCUGGUUCUUGGGCUUGGGAUGGGGAGGAGGGAGGAGGCGGCGGAGGCGGGGAGGAGGGAUCAUGAGGUGAGGAGGGAGCUGGAGUUCGGGUCGAUGUCGAGCAGGUGCGGUGGUUCUUCGCCGGAGCCGACGGUGCGGCUCACGCUUCUGCCCAUGGUGCCCGGCCUUGGCCUCCCAUGGCCGCCGCCGCCGCCGCCGUCGUCCGAGAGCAGGCAUUUGGAGGCGUCGACGCGGGGAUUCGACGUGAACCGCCCGCCGUCGUCCGGCGGCGGCGGCGGCGGCGGCGGCGCGGAGGAGGAGCAGGACGACGUGGCCGGGGCGGCACUCUCGUCGUCCCCCAACAACAGCGCCGGAUCCUUCCCGAUGGAUGACUUCUCCGGGCACGGCCUCGGCGGCAACGACGCGGCCCCUGGCGGUGGCGGCGGCGACCGCUCGUGCUCCCGCGCCAGCGACGAGGACGACGGCGGCUCCGCGCGCAAGAAGCUCCGCCUCUCCAAGGAGCAGUCCGCGUUCCUCGAGGAGAGCUUCAAGGAGCACAGCACCCUAAACCCCAAGCAGAAGCUGGCGCUGGCGAAGCAGCUCAACCUCCGGCCGCGCCAGGUGGAGGUGUGGUUCCAGAACCGCCGCGCCAGGACGAAGCUGAAGCAGACGGAGGUGGACUGCGAGUACCUGAAGCGGUGCUGCGAGACGCUGACGGAGGAGAACCGGCGGCUGCAGAAGGAGCUCGCCGAGCUCCGGGCGCUCAAGACGGUGCACCCCUUCUACAUGCACCUCCCGGCGACGACACUCUCCAUGUGCCCCUCCUGCGAGCGCGUCGCCUCCAACUCCGCCCCGGCCACCGCCUCCUCCGCCGCAACAUCGUCGACGGCCGCGCCGCCCGCGGCACCCUCAUCCGGCGGCAUUGCGGCCACCUCCUCCUCCGCCGCCGCCGCCGCGGCGCCGGACCACAGGCCGUCGUCGUUCGCCGCGCUGUUCUCGUCGCCGCGUGGCUUCCCGCUAUCCGUAGCCCCGCAGGCGCAGCCGCCGACGAGCUCGUGACUCUUCCAACUCUCCGGCGACGGCGAGGGGCCUGUUUGUAAAUUCGCUCACUUUUCUUUUAUCGUUUUUUUUUGUUUUGCUCCUUUGGUUCUUUGGGAUUUUUUGUGGCUUGCCAAGUGGUUUAGCGAGAAUCCGAGGGGGCAGCGCGUCUGGCCGUCCGAUUGGGACACGUCGACGGCGCACGAUGCUUAAAGAAAAAAAAUGUUGCAAUAGAGCUUAUUAACCUUUAUAAUUUCUGCGAUUUUUUGUUUUCUAUCAACACCAUGGUUUAAAUUUUACGGGUCUCUUGCAAACCAAGAGAAAAUUAUGCAUUA